AGAAUGGAUAUAUAUUUAUAGCAACAAAAUUUAUUUCAAUGGGAGGUAACAUUUGUACACCUCGCAAGAUUGUUUUCGUUGGUUAUGCUGUUUGUUUUAAGAAAAAUGUAAUGGGUUACUGUGAUUCAUCGAUGCGACAGAAUAUUUAUACGUGAUUUGUGGCGAAUUUUAUCUGUUGUUUCGUAAAUUGAAGCUUUGUUGUUCGUCAUAAUCGAGUGCGCCUACACUGGAUACAGCUUCGUGCACAUUGAUUGUAAAAUCGAGUCCGUCCACAUUGCAUUGUGACCUUGUUCCGCUUAUGUUGAGACAACUCUACAUGACCCUAUCCAUGCAGAAGAAAAAAAAAACCGUUUAUUUAUACAAGUCUUGGUGAAUGGUAUUAACGAGUUUCGAUGUAUACACAGGUAGUUUGGAUUAAUUAUUAAUGGCUUUCAAAUACCGGCCUUUACGAACUCUUGGUAAACACACACACACUCGAUCUCAUUCAUCGACAUAACUCGUAGCGCCGCUGAGCCAACAACACGGAAAAUAUAGGCAAAUAUAUUAUUGUAGGAAGGUGUCGGACAAUAAGUCAUGAUGCGGAUUAUAUACCUCCGACAUGUGAAAGCUCGCCUCUUCUGAUUUGUAGAUGUAGGUAAUGAACACGGACUGUGCAGUUCUUGACGAGCAACGAAAUAAAAAGAAAGAAAAGAAAAAAAAUGGAUCGCAGCGGGCACCUGCCAUAGAACACUCGAAAGGAAGUGUUUAUUGUACAUGUUCUUGGAAUUCUGGAUAAAAAAUGGCAAGUAACGGGAAUACAAAGGGAGGAGAUAAUCUCUACCUUACCACCAUGGACACAAUUGAUCCCAAAACUGUAUGUUUGGAUUUAGAAGGGGAAGAAAAUGACAUGAAUGGGUCCGACAAACAGACGUGGGUCAAGUGGCCUAUUCUGUUUGAGAGAGCUUCAGGUAGCUGGUGGAAUCCGAAAUUUGACUCGCAUAUUUUAGAACGAGAACAGUGGGAAAAGUCAUUCCCUCAGACUCGUCGGAGAUUUCGUGAUAUCCUGUUCAUCAUUCUAGUGUCUUGUCUAGCAUGGAGUGUUUUCUUUGGAAUAAGGCAGAAUGCACAUUGGUUAGAUUUUUUGAUAGGCAGUCUCAUUCUCCUGUUUUUAAUAGCAUUAAUUCUAGGCUUUACAUUUACCAAAUUCUAUAAGAGAUUUUAUCUACUGACCUCAAUAGUUCUGUCAGUGCUGUUAUGUGGGGGGAUCCUAGCCCAGUUUUUGUACAGUAACUCUUUAGUGUCCACUGUCGGGACUUUCACUGCCUCCAUUGAAGUCUUAUUUAUGAUGUAUACUGUGAUACCAAUGCCACUGUUUAUGUCCAUUGGACUUGGGGUCACACAUUCCAUAUUAUAUGAGGUACUAGUUGCAGUGAGAAAUGAGCACAUGCAGCAACCAAUAUUCAUAAUUGGGAAAGCUCUCUUGCACCUGUGUGUCCAUGUAAUGGGUAUCCAUAUCUUCUUGAUGUCUCAAGUGGGUCAGAGGAGUACGUUCUGGAAAAUUGGUCAAUCUGUGAUGGCUCAGAGAGAAUUGAAAAAUGAAAAGAGAAUUAAAGAGAAGAUGAUCCACUCCCUCAUGCCUCCCUCUGUUGCACAAGAAGUGAUGGCUUCACGACAGGAUAAAGAGCAAAAUCCCGAUGAGGACUCGAGAUCCAAAAAACGUAACUCGAGGUCCAAAAAUGUAAAAGGAGAAAUCAUAUUUCGUCCCUUCAACAUGAACACCAUGGACAAUGUUAGUAUAUUAUUUGCAGACAUAGUAGGCUUUACUAAAAUGAGCUCAAACAAAACUGCAGCUCAUUUAGUAGGUUUGUUGAAUGACUUGUUUGGAAGGUUCGAUUCUCUGUGCACAAAUUCAGGAUGCGAGAAGAUAAGUACCCUCGGGGACUGUUACUACUGUGUGUCUGGAUGUCCCCAGUCACGAGAGGACCAUGCAACAUGCUGUGUGGAGAUGGGGCUGGGUAUGAUCACCGCCAUUAAAGAGUUUGACAGAGACAACAAUGAGUCGGUGAACAUGAGGGUAGGUGUUCACACUGGUACUGUACUCUGUGGUAUUGUUGGCAGACAGAGGUUCAAGUUUGAUGUCUGGUCCAAUGAUGUCACACUAGCUAACACCAUGGAGUCUAGUGGCCUCCCGGGAAAAGUGCAUAUUUCGGAGGCCUCCCUCAGCUUCCUCAAUAGAGAGGAUUAUGACUUAGACGAGGGCCCAGAUGUUCAGGACAACAGGACCUAUAAAGUCCUGAUAGAGGAGUAUGAUACCAGUAAAUCUACCUAUGCAGUCAGACACACCGAGGAACAGAAAGUAAUCAAGACUUAUUUCAUCAAUGGAUACAAGAAUGAGACAACCAAAGAGGACGAUGAAGGAGUGGAUCCAACUUCUAGUAAUCAGCCGGGAGCAGACAGUGGUACAGGGCAUGCAGAGGGAAAUCCAGACGACUUGGAUGAGACAUCAGAAAAGCACAGACUUUCCAACCACUUUGAAUCCAAGUCUUCUGAUGUGAACGGUAUAACCCGUAACCUGCUGGGAAGAAGAAGUGUCAGCGAUAUUUCUCUGGAGCAGGAUAAUGGAAAAAUCGAAAGUUUAGUGAUCGUUGAUCCCAGUUUGCAUAUCAAAAAUGGCUCUGCAGUUAGAACUGGAGAUACAAAACUGACCAAUGAAACGAAAGAAAGCAGCACCAUUAAGUACAAAAAAGAAGAGGAGACCAGAGACAGUGAACAUGGAAAAUAUAUGAAUGACAAACAGAUCAUUAAGCUGAUUAAUGAGGACAGCACCAACCAGGAGUUUUUCUACAAGCCUCCCAUCAAUGUCCUCACUCUGGCCUUCAGCAUCCCUGGGAUGGAGACAGAUUACCGUGACCACUACCUUGAGGACACCCAGAACCAGCACACAGUGUCCUCCCCCCGAUACCAGGCUCUGCUGGAGAUCAUCGUCUCCUUCAUCGUCUUUUUCAUCACCUCGUUAUGCUGCUUUCUGAUCUUCGAGAGACAGAUCCCCUGGAUUCUAGUCUUCUUGAUUUCCUUUAUAUUGGAGGUGCUGUGUUUGGUCCAAGCAUUCACUGAUGUCAAAUACCAGGAGAAAAAGGGAGAUGUCUGUCACAGCUGUACACAUCUGAUGUCGGGAUGGUUCUUCAGGAACCUGACCGGAGCAGUGGUCACCAGUAUCCCAGUGGUGGCUAUCUAUUCAAACCUGUCCUGUGAGAUUGCAGUCAACAGAUUUUCACAAGAUCAUUUCUUCUGCUACUGCAUAGUAAUGGCUAUUCUGCACUAUUGUAACUUUACUAUGAUUAGUUCUUGGGUCAAGUCCAUUGUGGCUUCACUUGCAGGGAUUGUUAUACUCGUCUUGUUGUACGUUCAGCUCUGCAUUUUCGAAAGCACACCAGAAAUGAAUCCAAUAAUUAAUGGUAGUUUUGGUUACUCCAACACAACAGAUAUUAGUAUCACCACUAUGGUUACCACCUUGGCUGCAGGUGCCACGCAGGUGCCCCCACUGUUUUCUGGAAGCCAUCCUCUACAGUUUGAGAUCAUUUUAGACAUCAUUAUUUUGCUGAUUCUGGUUUUCUUUCUGAACAGAGAAUUUGAAAUCAGCUACAGGUUGUCUUACCAUGGAGACACACAGGCUUCAGCCAAUAAACAGCAAAUGCAACUGAACAAAGAGCAAGCUGAUUGGCUCUUACACAACAUCAUCCCAAAGCAUGUCUCUGAACAGCUAAAAGGAGAGAACUGUCAGUACUCCAAGAACCACAAAGACGUUGGCGUAAUUUUUGCUGCCAUUGUGAAUUUUAAUGAGUUCUAUGAUGAGUCUUAUGAAGGUGGGAGGGAAUAUCUGAGAGUUUUAAAUGAACUAGUAAGUGACUAUGAAGACUUGCUCAAUCAAUAUAGAUUCAAGGAUGUGGAAAAAAUAAAGACUAUCACUAGCACCUUCAUGGCAGCCUCAGGCCUCAACACACAAUCUAGGAUGGAAAACAAGCACCCUCACGCCCAUCUCUUUGCUCUCUUGGAGUUCUCCAUAGAGAUGCAGGAGGUAGUGAAAAGAUUCAAUGAGAGUUUGUUUAACUUUGACUUCAUUCUCAACAUAGGGUACAAUCAUGGUGAAGUCACAGCUGGUGUCAUAGGAACAACCAAACUGUUGUACGAUAUCUGGGGAGACACGGUUAACAUCUCCAGCCGUAUGUACUCCACAGGGGUGAAGGACAGAAUCCAGGUCCCAGAGGCCUCCCUCCAGCUUCUAGAGGAGAUGUUUGAGUUUGAAUAUAGAGGAACCAUUCAAGUCAAAGGAAAGGGAGAUAUGAAGACUUACCUUUUGAAAGGCAAGAAAGAUGAUGCCCAUUGGGAAUAGGCAUUACAAAGGCAUUGGUGUUUACUACAGAGUUUCAAUAAUUCUGUUGGACGAUGUAGUUUCUCUUUAUUUUGAUGAGAAUUGUGUAUAUAUGCAGGUUUUAGCAAUCAGUGCAAGAGGUACCACUGAACUCAAAUGAAAGCGUUUCAUUUUUAAUAUAUUGAUAAAUAUUUAUGAUAAAAGCUUUUGAUAUUGAAAGAAUUUCCAGAAUCUGUCAUUUCAACAUUUGGCAGAAUUUUCUACGGGUAGAUAGCUGGUUGAUCUCCAUGAACAAAUUGUUAUGAAGUUGUGGCAACCCUUACCAUAUUAUGUUUACUUAAUAGAUUGAAACUUUAUCCGACCUUCUCAAGUAAAGUGAAUUUUACUGAGACAGAUCAAUAUUGAUGCAUUUAAGAAUUGGAAGACAUGAUGUUGAAUAUCGUUUUCAAAAAUUUUGAUAUAAAUCAUUUUAAAGAUUAAUCUUUUCCCCACAUUUGACUUCUAUGUAUGAGAAUCAUUUUUAGGAAUAUGGUACAGAAAUUGAAGAAGUCUGUUCUUGGCUACUUGUUGUAGCUGGGGGUUUGGGGUAUUUUCAAAAUAUGUUAUGCUGUUGUAAUCUGAUGUUCUAGUGAAAUUUUUUCUGCUUUAUCUGGUCUGAUUAAAGUUUGUUUUUUUUUGCUGGGUUGUAUUGCCAUGUGAACUAAUGACCACUUAAUCAAUUUAGGAGCCAUGUGUUUUUAUUCUAUAAAGAUUUGCUAUUUUAUUAAUGUGUAUUGUAUUAUGUUGUAUUUUAAACCUAUUAGAAGAUUUCAUAAACCAAACUAACUGUUUCAAAACUGAAAUAUGUAGUCCAGCCUUCAAAACCAUUAUAGUACAUAUUCCAUAUAUAUUUUUUCUGGAGGAAAAUACUUGCAUUCACUAUACGAUAUAACACUAGAAAAACCAUUUAUUCAGAUAUAUUUAUGUCAGAUUCUGACCACUAAACCCAAGAGCCUUAUCAACAUACCAAAACCACUUUAUAUAUUGUAGUACGUUUUAUUUGAAAUUGUCUGCUGAAUAUUUUUUUUUUUUUUUAAUUUUGAGCUGAUUUUUGAUAAAAUCAGUGGGGAAGUGCACAGUUUAGAAAUGUUGUGCUUAUUUUUAUUAAAAUCAGUGGGGAAGCACACAUUUUUAAAACUGCUUUUUUGUUAGUUAAAAUCAGUGGGAAAGUACAUAUAUUAAAAUUCUGUGUUUAUUUUUGUUAAAAUCAGAUGGGCAGUGUACAUUUUCCAUCACAUGGGAUGAAUCUCAUUAACAUUAUAAAAGAUUAAAAAAAAAAAAUAGCAUUUAGUGCAAGUGCAUAAUACUUUCAACUAAUUCUUAAACAUGCUUUGAACUGAAAUCUUCCCAUUGUGGAAUAUUGCUCUCGUAGAAUUCCUGUAGUAAGAUAAUUAAUUGUCUGUUUUAUUCAUCUUUCAUCUGUUGCCAUAGAACUGUCUUGCCUGAGCUUCAACAUCAACAUAUCCUAAUUCUUGGUUUGCUGUGAGGAAAAUAUAUCCUAUGUCACUAGUUUGAACAGGUUACAUGGGACCACUAUUUUGAUUUAUGGAUUUUGCUUGUAAAUAUCUCAAUGUCUAAUAAUAUUUAUAUUUUUUGAAAGUGUCCUCAAUUGACUUAGUUUCAUUUUAUAUUCUGGAAUUUAGAAAUAAUUCACGUUUCAUUUUAUAUUCUAGAAUUUAGAAAUAAUUCACAUCUGCUGUUGCUGUCAUACAGUGUAGUUUUCUAAAUUAGAAAACUAGAUAUAAGAAUUAUUCAGUAUUGGAAUCAGCUCUACUUGUUACUGCUUUGUUUUAACAUAAAUUUACAAUUUUAUGCUCCCCUCCCCCCAAACUUGGGGGGGGGGGGUGUUUGUGGUUCUUAUUUCUGUCUCAGCACUGUACCUUUAACCUUUGGUCAUAGCAUUUGAACAAUGAUAUGUAGAAGAAACUGAGAGCUAUAUGACAAAUUAGGAUCAUUCAUGAAGGUCAAAUUAUCCACAUUUGAACGUCAUCAAACUCGAGGGCAUAUAAGUGUUACACAAAACAAUUUUUGAUUGAUGGAGAAGUCAUUGAGAGGCUAUAUUUGCUGAUAUGAAACAUGGCAAUGACUGUAUUUGCUGAUAAAAACAUGGCAGUAGAGAUUGAUAAAUGAAGAUCCAUAGUGUGGUAGUACACUGUACAUUAAAUUGAUAUAUAAGAUAGAUAUAGAGCUGAAAAUACAGUGAUAGGUGCUGUGUGCUGGUGUUAUAGAAUUCUGUAACAUUUCAUCAACAAUAUACUAGGGUUUUGUUAUAAAAUUCUGUAACAUUUCAUCUACAGUAUACCAGGGUUUAAUAUGUGCUUGGACUAAUUCUGAUGAAGGAUGUUUAAGCACAUUAUACAAUGUAGGAUACUUAUAUUGUUUAUUUUGGUUUUUAUGUAAGAAAUGAACAAAAUUGCUAGGAGAUAAAUAAGAACUUAUCCAGUCAAAAUUCCUGUGAAAUUAUUUCAAACACCAACUAAAAAAGUACAAAGUUCCUGUGAAAUUAUUUCAAACACCAACUAAAAAAGUACAAAGUUCCUGUGAAAUUAUUUCAAACACCAACUAAAAAAGUAAAGCUACUUCGUCAUAUGACAGAACUGUGUUAUUUCAAGUUUAUUGGUGUUGUUCCUUUCUGUUGUAAAUUGUAUUAGUCACAUGGCCGAUGGCAACCAAACGGUAUACAGACUAGGUUUAUCCUCUGUAAGUUUGUAAUACAUGCUGAUACCAUUCUAGUCACACUGUGUAGAUAUUACCGGGAACCAGUUUUAUUACAGAUCCAAUCUAUAGGAGAGAUAUAGGGAUGAGAAUGGAGAGAUUGGACUUUAGCUGUUGUCAAGUGUUACUUUUGUUGGACAAAAUAUCUCUGUUAAUAAAGAAAUUCAUGUUUAAUUUAUUUACUAGUAUUGUGUUAGAGAAUGCUUUGGAGGAGAUCGAACUGGUUUAAUAUAAACAGUGUUUGUGAUAUCGCAGUACUCGGUAGUAAGAUUUAAAUGUAUCCUGAAUUUUACUGCUGGCUAUUAGAUAAUUUUUAAGUUAUUUUCAACAUAAUAGAUGUGUAUAUGCCAAGGAUUUAACUACAAAGUGUAAAACAACUGAAAUGUAUAUAUACAUGUGUACUUAAUUUUAUUUCCUGGUAACUUUGGGGAGAAAUGUGUAACCUGAAACAGCAAAUGUAAGCUGAGUGGAGAUUUGAUAUAACUUCAUUAAAAUUGUCCAAUCUGGAAACUCUGCUUUCCAAAAUCUUAUUUAAAUCACACAUAUUUUGGCACCAAAAUUUGAAUUACAUUGAAUAUACUGGAUUUAGUCUAAUUUGAAAAUUUUUCCUUGCACCAAAUAUGUCCAGAUUAGACAAUUUUCACUCUACAAAUUUUGUACAAAACAGCAUUACUUGAUAUAUUCCAGCAGAAAAAGGAACAAUUUUAUGAAGGGUUGAGAUUUUAAUCUGUAGUCUCAUAACAGCACAUGUUUGAAGUGACAUCACACAAUGUAGAUUUUAUAUUGUUAUGCUUCUGAUAGGCUUUAGAAUAAAUUUUUAAAAUGUA